UUUCCGCUCGGCCGAUUCUGGCGCAGGCGCAGUGCCUCGUGAGGCCGGGAUUUUCUCCUAUAUCUUGACGAGGAGGUUCCCGGGCCCUGUCGCAGGCCCUGAUUUGGGGGGCCCCACCCGAGCGAUGCCUCGGUAUUGCGCAGCGGUUUGCUGUAAGAACCGUCGGGGACGAAACAGCAAAGACCGGAAGCUGAGUUUUUAUCCGUUUCCUCUACAUGACAAAGAAAGACUUGAAAAAUGGUUAAAGAAUAUGAAACGAGAUUCAUGGGUACCCAGUAAAUACCAGUUCCUGUGUAGUGACCAUUUUACUCCUGACUCUCUUGACGUCAGAUGGGGUAUUCGAUAUUUGAAACAAACUGCAAUUCCAACAAUAUUUUCUUUGCCUGAAGACAAUCAGGAAAAAGACUCUUCAAAAAAAAAAUCUCAGAAGAAAAAAUUAGAUGAUGAGAAAGAAGUAUGCCUAAAAGCCAAGUCACAAGAAUCAUUUGCAUCAAAUGAGCUAAAGAAAAAUACGGUUAAUACAGAUAUUCUCCCUGAACACACAGAAUUACUUAAUUCAUCUACUUUGGUGAAGCUACCAGCUCCAAAACCAGAAGGUAUACAAAAUAACAUAUUAACUCUUAAUCUGGUUAAACAAGAUAUUAAAAAACCAGUAUCUACCUUGGAAACAUCAGUUACCCAAGACAUAGAUAUAGGUGGUUUUCACACAUCUUUUGAGAAUCUAAAUUCUACAACUAUUACUUUGACAACUUCAAAUUCAGAAGAUAUUCAGCCAUCUUUGGAAACCCAAGAAGUGUUUGAAAUAACUACAAAUCAUCUUGCUAACCCAAACUUUACAAAUAAUUCCAUGGAAAUUAAGUCAGCACAGGAAAGUCCAUUCUUAUUCAGCACAAUUACUAAAACAGUUGAAGAAUUAAAUGCAAAUAAAGAAUCUGUUAUUGCCAUUUUUGUACCCACAGAAAAUUCCAAACCAAUUAAUUCUUUUGUAUCUACUGAAAAAGAAACCGUGGAAAUGGGAGAUCUAGACCCUGAAGGCUCCUUAUAUAAGGAUAUAGACUAUGAGACAGAAGUCUUACAAAUUGAACAUUCUUACUGCAGACAAGAUAUCAAUAAGGAACAUCUCUGGCGGAAAGUCUCUAAACUACAUUCAAAAAUAACUCUUCUUGAGCUACAGGAACAACAAACUCUUGGAAGAUUGAAGUCUUUGGAAGCUCUUAUACGGCAGUUAAAACAGGAAAACUGGCUAUCUGAAGAAAAUGUCAAGAUUAUAGAAAACCAUUUCACAACAUAUGAAGUUACUAUGUUAUAGAGUGUAAAGAAGUUUUAACGCUAUGGCUUAUAUGAGCUUUUGCAGCCAAACCAAAUUACAUGUAAAGUGAACUUUUUCCUGUAUAAGUUCUCAUCUUAAGCUAAGAAAGUGUUCUAACAUUAAAAACUGCAUCCUGUUCUUGUAAUGUUCAUUUUUAAGAAAAACUAGAGAGUUCUUGGGCUGUAGAGAACAAAUUUCUCUACUUGGUAAUCUUCUCUCUACUUGGUAAUCUUCCAAAUUGAAGUAGAGUGAAUAAAUAAUAUGAUGCCUUAAAUCAGAGAACAUGAAUAUGGUGAAAGGAGCCCAAAAGACAAAUUAGGCUCAGGUAUCCGUCCUGAUUCUACCAUUGGCAUAUCACAUGGGCAGAUUACUAUUGAGCCUCAGUCAUAAUCUGUAAUCUGUAAAAUAAGGGCACUUACUAAAUCUAGUCUCUUUAGUUUCUUUUCUUUCUAUUAAGAUAACUUUCUUAAUAGAACAACUUUUUUAUAAGGUAAUAUAUAUAUACAUAAUACUAUAUGUUGGCUAGUAUUUGAUGUUAUUUACUGUUGGAUUAUCCUCAAAAUUGAAUUCUGUGAUGUUUGAUUGUUGACUACAGUUAUUUGUAAUAAUAAAGGAAAGUACUCCUUUUAUUAUUUAUUCCAGUUUAACUAAAAUAACCAUCCAUUAGCCCAGUUCAUGGGAGAGGUACUUGAAGCUUAAAACAAUAUGUUAUUUCAGUACCUUAUAUGUAGCUGACCAUCAUUAUACGUAGUCACUUAAUCUUAACAUUCUGUAUUUAAGGUUAUAAUUUGUAAACCAAAAGUUUUAAUGAGGUUAAUUUUUUAAAAAUCUAUAUAUUACUAUAUUUUAGAAAUCAGCUUUUGUCUAUUUAAUGUGUAGCUUUUUAAAAUGUGUGCUUUUGUUAUUUUUAAAAUUACAGAAUGAUAGAGUAGUACUUGAUAUUAUACAUGCCCACUUAUAUAUAUUUUAUUAAAAUUUAUAAGCAAGAAACUAUAGAUAAGUGGUAAUGUUCUUAGACAAGUAGAAAGGAAUGAUGGUGAUAUAAAUAAAAAUACUGCCUCUCUCCCUAUGAAUGUUUUAAAAUGUGAAAACAGACUUAGUUGGAACAACAGAAAUGUGAAAAAUAAUGAUCUUGGGGCGCCUGGGUGGCUCAGUGGGUUAAGCCGCUGCCUUCGGCUUGGGUCAUGAUCUCCGGGUCCUGGGAUCGAGUCCCGCAUCGGGCUCUCUGCCUAGCAGGGAGGCUGCUUCCCUCUCUCUCUGCCUGCUUCUCCGUCUACUUGUGAUUUCUCUCUGUCAAAUAAAUCUUAAAAAAAAAAAAGAUCUUCUAAAAUUAGCAGUUAAUAUAAUUAAAUGUUACUGAUAAUAUUAUUGAGCAAGUUCCUAUCAGCCUGAUUCAUACUUUUAUCAUCUUGUUUUAUAAAAAAUACUAUUAACUGUCUUGGAGGGUUUUGAGAAUUCUGUGAGUAACAUGUUUUUAGUUCUGGAAAAUAGGAGGUGCUCAAUAAAUAUUAGUUGACUACGUAGCAAAUAGUAUACUGAUUAUUUUGUAAAUUCAUGGUGAUUAUUUUUGGCCACACUUUAGUUUUUUCAAGCUAAUAAAAUUAAUUGGUAUUAUAUAUAAAUAAGUGCUAAAUACAAAUGUUGAUUUAAAGAUACCUUUGUUAUGUGACCAUGGGAGAAAAAACAAACCCUUAAAUUUUUGCAUAAAUUAUGUGCAGAUAAUUGGUAGAGUUAAUAAGAUGUUUUUAAGUAUUCCCAUGUUGCAUUUUACAGUACUUUUUUAAAAUAAAUAGUACAGAUGAAAAUAACCUUGGUAAGUCACUAUAAAAUAUGUUCCAAUUCUAUUUUUAAUUGUCUAGAUUGUGUUUUCUCUUAAAGGUUGUAGUUUACUCAGGAAUAAUUAAACUAGUUGUGUUUCUUCAAUCUUAAUAAAUUAUAAAUAUUUAAGAUGUUUACUUGGCUUGCCUAUAUUCAGUUCAGGAUGUUUCCAACCUGUUAAUUUCUAAAUAUAUUUGGGGGUUCUGCCCUACUUUAUUUCUUAGUUGGAUUAUUAUAGGGUCUCUUAACUAAUCCUUGCCAAUAUUUUUAGUCCCUUCCAUAUCAUUCUGUAUUCUGCAGUCAGCUUUUUACUUCAGCUCUAGAUCUAACUAUAUCAUCCACUCAUUACUUAACUUUCCCAACUCAGAAAUUGGAAAUUACUCUUGAAUACCUACAGAAUAAAGCCAAACUUGUUACCAUAUAUGAUCCUCUGUGAUGUGCUUCAUCCUGUGUUUUAGCCACAGUGGACUACUUAGUAUUUUAUGUAGCAUUUUUCAAACAUGCCAUGCAGGUGACUUUCUUUAUGCUUAUUUUAUAACCUAAAUUCAGCCAGUGAAUUGCAGCUUUGGUUGAAUUUUGUUUUUUUUUUCCAGUCAAAAUUGUUUCCUUUCUGCUCCUCCAGGGCUUUGUUUUAUAACAUUGUAACAGUGUUUGCCUUUAUACUUUUUUGUAUCAGAUAUCUAUGCCUGUUCUACUAGAUUGUAAGCUUUUUAAAGCAGGGUUUUCAUUAAUCACUAGUUUCUUUGACAAUAUAAUUUACUCAAUAAAUGUUUGGAUGAAUAUUUUGAA